UUGACGCAACCCAUCCCACUGAGUGAACAGUCAAGAUCAGGCGCUAGCGGCGCAAACAUGGAGAUACUCAAGAGUAUACUGGAGCUGGGACUGAUGCUGGUGGUUAUAAACCUGGGUAGAGCUGAGGGUCAGCUCAAUAUAGAUCUAUCUACUGCUCAGCUAGACCCAGACACUGGAAACUACUGUGUACUGCAGAAGGUAUGUAUUGCCAACCCUCCUGAAGGUCUGACCUCCUCUGGUUGUGCUCCCCAGUAUCCACCAGGUUGUGAUUGUGAUCCUGAUCCUUCAGCUGUAAACGCUGAUGAAUCCUGUCAGGCUGGCUUCAAGUGUGUCCAGUGCAAGUGUUUACCUCCCGGAUGCAAUUGUGAUCCCAACUCACCGGAUCCGGAUGGUUUCUGCCCAGCCGGAGAAAUAUGCAAGGAUUGCGUAUGCGGAUCUAGGUUCCCUCCAGGUUGUGACUGUGAUCCUAGCUCCCCCUCUGCCAAUGAUUCCUGCAACUCUGGAGAUCAAUGCGUUCAAUGCAAGUGUUUACCGGCCGGAUGUAAUUGUGAUCCUAACUCACCGGAUCCAGAUGGUUUCUGCCCAGCCGGAGAAAUAUGCAAGGGUUGUGUAUGUGGACCUGCCCUGCCCCCUGGAUGUGAAUGUGAUCCCGAUCUCCCUGAUGCAGAUACAGCCUGCCCUCCGCAGGAGAGAUGUGUUGGUUGUCUUUGCCAGAAUUGCCCUCAGUCUGAUACUUCAUCGAAGGUGUUGAAUCCUCCCCUGGUGUUCGUGAUUGACACGACGAAGUCCGUGAAGCCUGACAAGGACUCCAUCUUCAACCUGACCAUGAAGGUUGUCAACACCAUCAGGAAGGACAGAAUAAAUAUCCCGAGGUAUCAACUUGUUUCGUUUAAUGAUUUUGGUCCUCCGAUCAACCUCAACGUAAAAAUAGAGGCUGAUACCCCUAACGUGACUGAGUUCGAAUAUGCCGCCAGGAGCCUGAAGUUUGAGUCCUACAAUGGGGGCAGGGACAGCAAGGAGAGGUUAACACAGGGUUUGUUGGUAGCUCUGCAGAAUGCGACCCCGAAGUCUCUGAUUGUUGUCUUCACUGACAAUGGUUCAAAGGACCUAAACCUGGAGAAAGAGAUUAUUAGGUUACGAGAAGAGAUGGAGUGUACUAUAUAUAUUGUCCUAACUCCAGUUUACGAAGGAAAACCCGGAGAUAAGAGCUUACCAGCUUAUGGUAGAAUGGGUCAGGUUUUCCUGAUUAGUGAGGUUGGAGCGGAAAGUUUCCUGGCAAAUGUUCAAGAUUUCGAGGAGAAGAACUGUCUCUAGGUAUAGGCCAGAACACGGAUGCGGUUCAGGCCUCUCCCGGGAGAGAAGAAUAAGAAAAUCGGAGCAACGUCACGAAAAUAACAAUUUUUCUAAAAAGCUUUGAAAAGCUUUAAAAAAAUAUGGGCAUAAUUUACUAAGACAAUUUUGUUGCUUCUUUAAAAAUCAAUCAAUCAACUAAAUCAAUCCGUCUAAUCUAUAUUCCUCUAACCCUGAACUCAAAAAUGCAUUCAUAUUGAAUUUUGAUUUGAUCUGCAAUUGGCAUAGAACUUCGGGCAUUAUCAUCAAUAUCCACGACAAAAUAAUUGUAAAUCGGGGAAAGUUGCUCAAAAUUCAUAUAUGGCAUCAUAAUGUAUCAUAAUGUAUGCAACGUCUAAAGUUGAACCGUAGAGGGGGAAUUGAACUGUUUGAGCGCUUCAAAUAAAAUGUUUAAAGGGACUG